CAACUACGACAGCAUAUGCUAGACAGCCAGACAACCCAUCCAGGCACCUCAACACCUGUGAUUUUCAAACCGCCUAGUAUUUUGUGCAAAUAAUGCACAGUCUCCCUUGCUGGAUAAUCAUUUAUUAGGUUGCCAGCCGUUCUUUAUUCUAGUUUCAGCUGGACUUCAUCUGGUUUCUCCCUUGUACUUCUCCCCAAACGCUCUGAAACUGCCCAACGUUAUCCGCCAGUCGAAGGCUACGUCAGGCGUGGUUAAUAAAACCCUCAUAACGAUUUAGUUGGACGCUUCUCUUGGGUCCACAACUCCAAAGGGCGUUCCAUAUGGCUGCAGCCGUCUACGAGGGCGUCGCAGGAGGUGGUGACUUGUUCCAGGGACAAAAGUUCUUCAUUUCGCAGCGCGUUCCGGCGCGGACUGAAUUAAUUAAAAAUGUACAGCGCAAUGGGGGCUUCGUGGUUCCGCUGGAAAAGAAUGCAGACGUGCUGAUUGCGGAUCACGCAAAGCCCACGCUUGCACCUGCAAGUUCUGUCUCGUGGAAAUACCUGGAGCAGAGUAUGAAAAAAGGGGAGCUAGAGGAUUUAGAGGCUCAUCGAAUAAAUUCCCCUGGCAAAACUAGGCUUCCAGGUGGACCACAGAAAUUGACCCGAACGCCUUUCAGAUACGAAGAUAGCAUGGCCAUUAGUAUUUGGGUUGCCAAAGCUGAACGAAUUGGCCUUGCUGUCAGAGGAAAUGAGGUCUAUGAGCAGUUCGCAGAGAAGAAUCCUCGGCAUACUGCACAAUCAUGGCGUGACCAUUGGAUAAAGCAACUGUCUUCCAAACCUCGACCAGAGAUAGACAUGAACAGUACAGACUGGCCAGUGAAAAGAAAGGAAGAUAGGCCGCGCCGGGCCAUUCCAUCUGCAACUCGGUCUGAAAACGUCGCAACUACACCGAAUGCUUCAGGUGCAAGAAGACCUACGCCGGGCAGCCCCUCCUUACCUGUCGCUUCUUACUCGCCCGAAAAUGAACACGCAUCCACAGAGGAAGCCCCGAUCACAAAGGAUGUCCCAUUCACAGAGGAGGACAUUGAAACACUAGAAGGGGAGUAUUCUGACCUUGUCAAAAUUACCCCAGGGACAUUGGUCUACGCUUGGGAAGUCUUUGCCAAUAUCCACAGAAGGCACACAGCAGGCGAUUGGUGCAACUAUUACCACAAUGUUUUCAAGCCACGCAAAUGCCAAGAAGACGAGGAGAAAGAGUCAAAUGUGGUAAAUCCCAAGCCCGAUCGGGGACAGGUCUCUACUCCCAAAACCUACAUAACCCCAGUUCGCGCUGCUGCGUCUUCAAGGUCACCCACCGAAACUAGAGGCACAGCACGUCACCGCAAACUAGGCGAGGACGGGGCCAUUUCAAGCAAGUCCCCAGAAUCUGUGACUUCAAAAGAUCAGUCUCAAGUUGGCGCCUCCUCCGAUAAAGCAAAAUUCUUGGAGAAUUUGAAGGAAUUGUCAAGCGCCAUCGGAUGCGAGAUUGAACCUUCCUUCAACCUGUAUGGACGCAAUUUUGAAUUAUAUGAUCUCUGGAGUGUGGUCAACAAGCCGGAGUUUAGAGGGUUUCAAAAAGUCGAGGAAGCAGAUGGAUGGUUGCAGGUUGCCUUAAAGCUAGGAAUCAAUACUUACAGGUAUGAAAUGGCACACACCGCUCUAAAACAGAAGUAUCGCGACAAGCUUGUCGACUUCGACACCCAUAUAUCUGCAAAGAAAAACUGCGAGAAAGGACGCACAUUUCCUACAAAAUCCACAGAACCAGUCACGCCAGUGACAGCUAGUUCUGCGAGGAAAGAUAGAGAGAUGAAAGAACGUGCCUCUGUUACAAAAUCCACGGAACCAGCCACGCCAGUGACAGCUAUUCCAAGGCAAACCCAUGAACAAGCUCAUAUUCUCUCAAGUGGUGUGCGCACCCCAAAGACCUUGCGGCAAGCUACGGUGUCACCUCAAGAAUCAGCAAAUAAGGACGUUGCAGCCCAGAGGAUCCGACAAUCACUAGGCCAUGGAGAAUUGGCAUUUUUGCAAAGCAUAAGUGAAUUUGCUUGGGAUUGUUUGCCCGAUCCCGUUACCUUUGAGCCUAUUGUUUCCAAGCGUAGAAUCCGUCUGUUCAACGUGUGGACCGCUUCUCUCCCACUUCUUGCCCAUUUUGACGAUAUCGAAAGCACAGAAGUCUGGGACGACUUUGCGACCCAAUUGGGGUUCGAAACCUCGGCCCACCCCAGUGCGCCUGAUGAGCUCCGGCAGAUAUGUGAAGAUUUUCUAAUGGAUUUCUACGAAUUUUUCAUUCAAAGAGAACAGGAAAAAAUAAAGGAAGAAGAAGCUGUGCGCCAGCAACCUGAGGAGCAGGGGCAAUCUGAAGAAGAGGUCGAGGAAAGCAGCGAUGACAAUCCGGAGCCUCCUUCCUUAGCCUUCCAGACUGCUGGUCGCGAAAGGCAAAAGCGACCUCAUGACCAGGACAGCAUAUCUGCAGUCGUGGAACCGAGGCCUACUUCCAGUCACAGUCACAGCAAGCGACCACGGAUCUCGAAAGGCAAAGAGAGGGCAGAUGAAAUCCCUUCGACGCCUGAACAUAUCUAUAAUGGCCAUCUGAACAAUGAUGGAAAAUUACCAGACCACCCAAAUGCCCAAAACAAGAAACUCAUCGAAACUAAUAUUGAAUACUUUGCCCCGCCAUCUUCGUCGGAGGAACUCGGUUCUUCUCCGACACGCCAACUUCGGUCGGAGGCCAUAGACUACACUCCUCCCUCUCAGAAAAACAAUGACGAAGAGGCAACGCAAUUACAGAGUGAAUCACAAUGCAACGAGGGGGUAGACGAGUUCGUCGAACGUUGUAGUGUUGAGGGAUUUGAUAUCGAAACUAUUAAACAAGUGUUGAAAAUUACCACAAUGGAAGUUGAGCUUGCGGAGAGACUGCUUUCAGAUUAUGCCAAUGGAUUGGAAAUCCCGAAAAAUGUCGCCGGGGUCUGGACUGAAGAGGAUGAUAAUGGGGUCAAGGGUCACAUGCAAUCUCGCGGUUAUAAGCGAUCUCUUAAGAAGCAUGGCGAAAUCAGAUGCUUGAAGCGGAAAGAAUUCCUGGAAGACUGGGAGAAAUGCGUGAGAGCCUCAGAGAAAGUCCAGGCGGAUGCGUAAGGAACAUGCAGUUGCUAUAUUCAGAGCUGCAGCGGUUUGGCGAUUUUAGUACCCAUGAUAGCUUUCGCUCUCAAUUUAGUGGGGGGUGCUGGCGCUUCGUUGUUGGUCUGGCAGGGAUGGCUUAAUUUACCAGAGUAUUGUGCACCAGCGCCGUAGGCGCCAGUUUGUGACUCUGCCUGCCGCCGUAAGUAGUCAUGUGUUUAAACCCGUAAACAUAUGACGAAAUCCAAACCUGGUAAACGCCCGUAACCACCCGUAGCAAGUAGUAGAAUAGUAGUAUAGAUAGUAUUUCUAAUUAAUAUCACAC